UCUCUCCAGAGCCUCAGAGCCUGCUUUCGUCUCCUGUCCCAACAGCAAACGCAACACCAACCGCCCAUCAUGAACCCUGAAUACGACUACCUCUUCAAGCUCCUCCUCAUCGGUGACUCCGGUGUUGGAAAGUCUUGUCUGCUGCUGCGAUUCGCCGAUGACACCUACACCGAGUCCUACAUCUCCACCAUCGGUGUUGACUUUAAAAUUCGAACGAUAGAGCUCGACGGCAAGACUGUGAAGCUGCAGAUUUGGGACACCGCCGGCCAGGAGCGUUUCCGAACCAUCACCUCUUCCUACUACCGCGGUGCGCACGGCAUCUGCGUCGUCUACGACGUCACUGAUAUGGACUCCUUCAACAACGUCAAGCAGUGGCUUCAGGAGAUCGACCGGUAUGCCACCGAGGGCGUCAACAAGUUGCUCGUAGGCAACAAGAGCGAUAUGUCCGACAAGAAGGUGGUUGAGUACACCGUUGCCAAGGAAUUCGCUGACAGCCUGGGCAUCCCCUUCCUCGAGACCUCCGCCAAGAACGCCAGCAACGUCGAGCAGGCUUUCUUGACCAUGGCUCGCCAGAUCAAGGAGCGCAUGGGCACCACGACGGCCAACAACACGAAACCCAGCGUGCACGUCGGCCAGGGCCAGGGCGUCGGCAACUCUUCCAGCAGCAGCUGCUGCUAAAUGUUUCGUGUGUUUCUGCUUUGUCGUGGCCCGAGAAUGGUGACAGGAUGAUUAGAGCAGUAUGACUUCCCAUGGGGAAACGACUGGACCAUGUUUGUUAUGACAUUUCCCUCCAUGAUUCUAGGGUUUUCUCAGUUUGCCCCCAAUUUCUGCGCAUUAGAGUACAUCAUGUCUCAUUGGAUCUCGCCCCCUUCGGACGCACGCACGCACGCACGCACAACGUGGCAAUCUCGCUUGCUUUCUAGGACAGACACAUUGGGGUCGGGCGGGAAAGGGAGAAGGACGAUGAAACGGGAGGAAGGACGUGAUACUGAUACACUCUGGGAACAAGGCGCAAAUAUCAAGAGAGACGAGGACCUUACGGUUGCGCUAGCUGUAC